AUGGCUCCUGAGUACAGCAAGGCAUCUGAAGCGCUUUCUCCAAUGGUCCCGCUCUACGCGGUAGAUUGUGACCAAGAUUCCAACAAACGGCUGUGCUCGGAGCAAGGAGUGCAAGGCUUCCCAACCAUUAAAUUAUACCCACGCGGCGGAAAGUCAAAGUCUAUCGGCUUCGAGGGCGGAGAACGGAUAGCUAACAACUUUUUUCAUUGGACCUCACGAAACAUACCUCAUGAUGUGAAGAAAUUGGAUAAUGGCGCUGACGUUAUCACCUGGACUGAUUCUCAUUCUGCGAAGCCUCAGGCUGUCCUACUCAGCUCAGCAAAAACUAUCCCACUGAUGUGGAAAGCGCUUGGGAAUAAAUACAAGGAUAGCAUUGAUUUUGCGAUUUUGUACGACAAGAGUGGGAAAGCGGCUGUUAAAUUAGGACUGGAAGACGAGCCCAAUAAAGAUUCCAAGGUCCUUAUCUCGCCCGCAGGCUCUUCUGAGCUUGUUCGUUACGAAGGGCGCUUGAAAUAUGCUCCAUUAGAUAAACACUUGAAGUCCGUAGCAGACGGAACCGCGAAGUUCCCAGAGUCGAAACAGGCGAUAAACGACGAUCACUCAGAUGCACAGUCCUCAGGAAACACUGCACAAGUUGUGGUUGAUCCCUCAAAUGUCUCUACCCCAAAUAUACCUACAGAAGAGGAGCCGACAUCGCCGCCCUUAUCGCCGCCCUCGAGCACUCAGCCAUUAAUGGCCACGGAGGCGGAACCGACUGAGGUACCACCUCCCGUGGAACCCGAAGACACAGGCAACAUUCUAGAAGCACCUCACGCUUCCGCCGCGACGGAGUCGAGUACAGUAUCAGAUGGAAAGGCAGGGGUUCAUACCAAGGAUGAACUGUAG